AUGGCUGGACUCCUCCCUCGAUCCAUCCUUCCCCUUCUCACCUACCUCCUUGUCCUGCUCCCAGUUGUCAACGCUGACGGCAUCGGUAUCAUUGGCGCCGGGAAAUGGAUGUACAGAACGGCAUGUGCGCACGCCUGUCGCCGUCUCAUCGCCAACUGCCCUCUCCUCUGCUCAGAGGAUGGCACAUCAUCUCACCACAAACGACACAACCACGGAGGAACAACGCCGCCCGAGUGCUUUCUCAAAGACCGCGCUUUCCUCCGUACCCAGGCCCUUUGCAUGUCUCAGUACUGCUCACGCGAUGAUGUCGCUGUCUCCGUCAUGGAAGAGUACUGGGAAGGCCACCUGGCGACGGGCAGCGUCGGCGACUGGUCCGGGAGUCUGAAGCCGGUCAUGUCGUAUUCUGAGGCGCUUAUGUUUGCCAAAGAGGACAUCAAGGCGAUUGGGAAGGACAACAUGCUCACGGUGGUGUCCAAAGACCCGCUGAACCAGACAAGUCUUAUUGCGGAGGACGACUGGCUUCCCAGCUACAAUGGGCAGAAGUCUUUUGAGGAUGGCGAGAACGGCCAUGGCGCAAACAGUCUCGCCAUCGCCAUCACAACCGUGACAAUCCCGAUCCUCGUCUCCUUCAUCCGCUUCUUCCCCGCCCGCUGGACGACCCCCCUCACGACCCGUCUCGACCAACCCUUCCUUGGCCACCGGCACCGUGUGCCCCUGACCGGUAAUAUGGGGCUUAUGCCCACGCGAGGCCAAGCCCUCUUCGUCGCCUACAUUCUGCUCACAAACAUAUUUCUCGUCGUGUUCCCUCACUCGCUCCUUCAACCGAACUAUAUCGCCGAAUCGGACCACGCACAGCUCACCAUGAUUGUUGGAGAUCGUGCCGGCGUGCUUGCUUUCGCGGACUUCGUCGCUAUAUUCCUCUUCUCCUCGCGGAACAAUGUUCUGCUCUGGUUGACCGAUUGGAGCCACUCAACUUUUCUCCUCCUCCAUCGCUGGGUCGCCUAUGCCUGUAUCGGCCAGACAGUUUUGCAUUCGGUGCUGAUGUGGUAUUACUACGCUGAGUGGUCUGACUGGAUCGCUGAGAGCAAGCUGCCAUAUUGGUACUGGGGUAUCAUCGCCACUCUGGCGUUGUGUCUUAUUUUGCCGGUUUCCGUCCUGCCUAUCCGCCGACGCGUGUACGAGGUCUUCCUAGCAAGUCAUCAGCUCCUAGCCAUCCUCGUCCUCGUCGCUUGUUUUCUUCACAUCUGGUACCUCUUCGAGUACAAGUGGGGAUAUGAGAUCUGGAUCUACAUCGCUGGAGGUCUUUGGGGAUUCGACAGGAUACUGCGAGUCCUGCGAAUAGUCCGUAAUGGAGUAUGCACUGCCACCGUCUCGGUUGCAGAUACCCAGGGCGACUAUCUACGCAUCGAGGUCGAGGGUAUCGCGGCUGACGGCCAUGCCUACCUUUACUUUCCGACCCUAUCCUGGCGUUUUUGGGAAAACCAUCCUUUCUCCGUCCUAUCUUCUUUCACAGGUCCCUCAAGCUCCCUCAGCUCUCCCAACAACUCUUCGAUCCCGCGUCUUACCAGCGACCCUGAGAAGACCAUUUCAUCAACAGACAUUGGAACAAGAGAGAUCCUCCCUCGAGUGGACAGCUCCUCAGACUCCGAUUCUCGCUCCACGACAGGACCCAUCAGACCCUGCACGACAUUCCUCAUCCGCCCGCAAACGAGUAUAACACGCACACUCGCCUCAAAGGUCGUCGCUGGUACCUCUAUCCGUCUACCCGUCCUGGUUGAGUCUUCCUACCACGCCAACCCCGCCGUGCACCAAAUCUCCCACUGCUCAACGCUUCUCUGCAUUGCUGGCGGAGUCGGUAUCUCGGCCGUUGUACCUAUAGCCAAGAAAUUUGGCGGAAUACGCGCCCGUUUAUGCUGGGGUGUUCGGGACGGGAGCAUCAUCCGCGCGGUAGAGAAGGAGAUUAAUCAGCUUGGACCUCGUGUCGAGGUUGAGACAAAAGUGGGCGAGAGGUUGCCAAUCGCGGAAAUCGUGGCCCAGGAGUUGACGAGAGACGAUGAGAAGGGCGAUGUGGGCGUUGUGGUCUGCGGGCCAGGCGGCAUGGCGGACGAUGCCAGGAAAGUUGUGGGUGAGCUCGUGGCUCAAGGUCGAGUCAAGAGGGGUGUGGUGUUCAUUGAUGAGGCGUUUAGUUGGUAA